UUUCAAGAUGGUGGACACCGGCAUGAGCUACCGAGAAAUUGUCCCAAAUCAGAGCUCUAACUUACGAUGGAAAGAUAUAACAUUCAACUCAGGUAACUCUCUGAGCACACUACAAGAUAUUAAGCUGCCAGAAUGUGCAGGUGGCUAUACAUACAGAGAUUCAGGCAAGGUGGCUGCACCAUCCAGGAACAGGUUUAUCUAUUGGAGGACAUUUAAUGAUUGCUUGGAGCUAGUGGAACAAUCUCUUGAUUUUAACCUUACCGGGAAUGCCGUGAGGUUCAAGUUUCAAGAUACCCCCAUCCUGAAUGGUGUUGGCAUACAUGAGUCACAUGGAUAUGUCGUUAUAUUGGUCUCAACUGUUUGUAGCGUACAUAGAUUGAUGUUCCCACACCCUAAUAAAUUGCAGAAAAUGGAGCUAUCCUACUACCCUGGCUCAGUCCAGACCAGUGAAUCCUCCCCUUCCAUAUUCAUGGAUGCAUCAAUCAAUACUGUUCGUGACCCUGCCAAUCUAUACUCUGUCUGCCAUAGCGGCACCCAGUCAUACCAGAUACACACAGCCACCUCCUGGCUUACGGGGGAGGGUGAGGCGCUGUUUGGAAUGGCCACAAACACAGGCAGCAUUCUGCUAAUUAAACUCCCUUCCUAUGGGAUUCAAGGGAUUGUGCUACAGCAUGAACUGAGGCAGUCUUCUAUGAUGAAAAGGCUCUGGAGUGGUCUUGUACCUGCAGCAAUCAGAGGAGGACAAGAGGCCACAGAUGCUUCCCUGAGUCUUGCCAUCCACCCAUUUGGCCAGGAUAUCUUCAUAUUUUCAGUCUGUAGGGACCAUAAAAUCAGAAUGUGGUCUUGCAAGAACCAGGAAUGUGUCAUGGCAUCUGAUUUGCUAGAACACAUGCCAGAUUCUGUUGAUCCACAGAAAACUGCCAUCGGAGCCCAGGGCCAUAUCCUACAUGUUGCAUCAGGGAGCACAUCUUCAUCUGUUCAUCUUGGUGUCUUUCUCAGCUUCUCAGACAGGAAUCUGUUCAUUAUACUACAACCUGUACUCUCUGAUGGACAAUACAAGAUUAAUUCUGUCGUCUCCAUAUUUGGUCACAAUGAUGAUCUCAUUGACUUCUGCGUGACAUCGAAUUACAUUUGGACACUUUGGAUGAAUAGUGAGAGUGAUACCAUUUCUAGAUAUGUCCCCAUAGACAGGGAGAGCACAUCAAUUGACAGUUGGAAUCCAGUGUUCCUUCAGCCCCAGGAGGUUGAAGAGAUUGAGGUACCAGAUCAUAAGGACCCUAGGGAGACGUAUCUACAACACAUAUUCUCUCCUGGGAGGUUUUCUACUCAGGCCAUUGUAAAGGCACUUCAGAUAUAUCGCAGAUCCCAUGAGAAUAUAAGUAUAUUGGAUCAUGCCACUCUCUCCAUUGAUCUACUUAAACAGGAAGUAUCCGCUGCAGUAGAAACAGAGAUUCAGAGGUCUACUACAGAGUUUGAGAUGGCACCUGAGGAUUACUACCAGCUCCAACAUCAACAGUGGGCCAAAUUCUACUCAUGCUGUACACAGUAUUUUCAGGUUGAAGUAAAGCCCCUAGGCAUCUUUGCUGACAAUGUCACAGGAAUGGUAGCCAUCAUUAGAAAGAAUGUUGUUAGCUUUCUACGACCAUGUGACACAGUAGAACACCUGGUGCUGACACCUAUUGACUACAUCAUAUCUGAUGAUUUGGCAGAUAUUAAGGAACUUAAACAAGAUGACCAAACUUCCCUUCAAGAUGUGAUCUCAGUGUGUGAUUGCGUGAAAAUGAUCGGGGAUUGUGUCACCAGUGAUUGGACGUUUGCCUUUGAGAAUGACAUUUUCUAUCAUGAAUCUCCAGAAAAAAUUGUGAAACAGAUUGUAGAUUCUCUACUUGUUGAUCUAAGUGCUACCAGUAGAGAAGGGGACCAAAUGCUGAGGAAUAUCAAGCUGAAACUUCACAACAUCACAGGUUUGAUCCGCACUUUGGACACAUUACUGGAUAUGACAGACCUUGCCAAGGGACAGCCAGAGGAACUGAGAGUGGACGAUUAUGAUGCCCAGGGAAGACAGCUAAGCAGUAACCACUUGUUCACAAGUGACAUAGGACUAGAUAUCCUAUCCCAGUGUAUACAGCAGAUGUCCCAGACCCGCUUCAACUUUCUCAGAGAUCUACUUAUUCUACAGGUGCUAAUGACUCGCUGGGGAGAACAAAUUGGACUUAACCUUCAAAUGAGUGAACGCAUAAAGACAGAUCUACUACCUAAGACCUCACUACUCGUUCAUGGUUACCAUGUUUUGUGCUGGUGUUGCGCUGCUACAGCUACACCUAUACCUACCAAUGCACUAGAGCUGAGUGAGAGGCAGCUGGCAGCCUUGGAGAUCUCUGAGACUUCAGCGUCAUCCCCAGUUUACAAGACAGGUCACAAGGUCAUGUCUUUAGCAGAGUUGUUUAUGCGUGGUGUAGGGGGUCCACAAUGCCGUCUGCUUCUCUCCCAAAAUAACUUUUUAGAAGAAGACCCCUGUGCAUUCUGGUCUAGUACAUUACAACCCACAGCUACUAUUGCAGGACAGCUACUCUGGCCAAUCAGUGUGAACUUCCUGUUCCCAGAGUUCCUCAUGCUACAAUGUCAGUACAGUCAGUUACAGGAGUAUUUCUGGAUUGUUCAUCACUGGUGUGAGUGGAACCCAUCCUCACGCAAGUUCCUUCUUGGCCAAUCAUAUCUGAACUCAAAUGAGCCAGAAAAGGCAUUAGACUGCUUCCUAGAGGCAGUACAUGGUGUUGGGAAUGAAGAGUUCUUGCUGCAGAAAUUACUUAUGUGUGAUGAUGAGUCUAUUCCAAAACUAGAGAUUCUAUACUACCUCAAGGUAAUCAAACUGUUGGAAGAGUUCAACCUCCCUGAUCUUGUCAUAUCAUUAGCAACAACAGCCAUACGGAUAGCAGAACCUGGGGACCCUAACAUUCCAACACUAUGGUCAAAGUCCUUUAAACAUCACCUUGAAUUGUGUCACAAUGAGGAGGCUUACUCUGCCAUGAUAGCAAAUAUAGACCCUUCUAGACGAAAAGAUUGUCUACGACAAUUCAUCGUGGUGCUAUGUGAAAGGUCCCAAUUGAGGGCACUGGUGGAAUUCCCUUACAUCGAUAUGUAUGACGAUGUUGUCAAUAUCAUAGAGUCUCGUGCAAGAUCUGUAGACCUGGCUACACACAACUAUUAUGACCUCCUCUACUCAUUCCAUGUAUAUAGGAGCAACUUUAGAAAAGCUGGAAGUGUUAUGUAUGAGUAUGGCAUGCGUCUCGGUCGGGAGCUCCCUGGUCUAAAAGGUCUCCAAAGACAAGCAAAGUGUUACCUAGCAUGUCUUAAUGCAUUACGAUUGGUCGAUCCCAAAUAUGCCUGGAUUGUCAAGCCAGUCCCCAGAGCUAAAUCAUUGUCCCCAGAAGAACCCAUACAUGGUGUGUCCCCAAAGAGAAACAUUGAUGGGGAAAUUAGAGAAACGAUGUUAACUCAACGCAUUGAACUGUUGGAGUUGCAAGAUAUUGAAAAGGAAUACAUGUUGGUUCACAGUAGGCUGUCAUUCCACCAAAAGGACCCAGAACCCUCAUAUAUGACUGGUCCAACUUUAUCUGCCCCCGAAACGAUAGGUCUCCUAGUAAAUGCUGGUUUAUUUGAUAAUGCUGUGACACUAAGUAAAGCAUAUGGCCUCUCUUUGGCCACCAUCUUCGAGGGACUUGCGUCGAGGUGUAUACGUCUUUCACAGAAUAGUAGUUCUUACAUGCAAGGGGAUAACGAUUACACAGCUGAUGCCUGGUCAUGGCUCAAUGAUAAUGAACUCACUCAGACACUCAACAGUAAAGAAAUAAGUUCCGCUGAUCAGGCUUGGAGACUACUACAUUUGUACCUUGAUAAAUAUGCAACUGAAGGUUCCACAUAUCACAAGUGUGUAGCACUAAGACUUCUCUCUCAGGGAUUCAGCUUGCCCAACUGGUUCAUAGCAGCAUAUAAGAAAGUAAAUCCUGCAGAGUUACUGCGCCUUUACCUGGACCAUGAUUGGCUAGACCAUGCUGCCCAUUUAGCUAUAGAAUACAUAGAUGCAGUUCUUGGGAAAGGAGGAGAAUAUUUCGGUCUGAAGACCUCAUUGAAUGUCACAUCACCAAGUGUUUGGUUGCCAUAUACUUGUCUGGACCAAUUGUUGAAUGCACUUGGCGAGGUUAGAAAUGAUGCCAUGUUUAUACAGUUGUAUGAAGAUUUAAAGACAAGGGUGGCUUUAUACCAGAACAAUCUAUCACUAGUGACUGAAGAUAAACUGAACACUGCUAAAAGGGACUCAACAAGAGUGGCCCAAUCUUUCUAUGAACAUGAACAUGAGAGUAUGGUGUACUCCUGAUAGCAGGAUAUAUGAAUUCACCAUAGUAAUUAAACACAACAAUGGAUUCACCAUAGUGA